AUGCGCUUCCGGGGGCCGCCGCCGCCGCGCAUCCUGCUGAACAACGUCUCCUGCAUGCGGAACGCGCAGACUGUGCUCCGCGACAUAAACGUCUCCGUCCACGACGGCGCCGCUCUCGUCCUCACCGGAGCCAACGGCUCCGGGAAGACCACCUUCCUCCGCAUGCUCGCCGGAUUUUCGCGGCCCUCCGCCGGGGAGAUCCUCUGGAACGGCCACGACAUCGCCUCCCCCGGUGUGUACCAGCAGUACCGCCUACAGCUCAACUGGCUUUCCCUCAAGGACGCGAUCAAGGACAAGCUCACCGUCCUGGAGAAUGUGGCGUGGUUCGAGGUCCUCGAGGGGAAGUCGGGGAGGGCGCUGCCCGCUCUGGAGCUGAUGGGACUCGGCCGCCUCGCCAACGAGAAGCCGCGGAUGCUCUCCAUGGGCCAGAGGAAGCGCGUGCAGCUCGCGAGGCUUCUGGCCAUCGAUCGGCCGAUCUGGCUCCUCGACGAGCCUUCCGUCGCGCUGGACGACGAGGGGGUGCGACUACUGGAGCACAUCAUCGCUGAGCACCGGAAGAAGGGGGGGAUUGUCUUUGUGGCGACGCAUUUGCCGAUCAAGAUGGAAGAUGCGAUGUGCUUGAGGCUCCCGCCGAGGUUCCCGAGGCGGAAGACCUUCCUUGAUCUCAUCCGCUGA